UGGCGUUCGGAUUCGACCCGUUUACGAUAAACGGAGAGUGGCGUUAGUGGGUCUGUCUAUCUAUCGAUCGCUCACCUGAAACCUAAAACGGAGAUUUGGAAGCAGAAAAGAAGGCGAAGACGAUGGUGAAAGUGGCAACCUACUUCGCUAUGACUUUGGGAGCUUUUGUGUUCUGGCAGUCCAUGGAUAAAGUCCACGUCUGGAUCGCUCUGCAUCAGGAUGAAAAGCAAGAAAGACUCGAAAGGGAAAUGGAGAUUAAGAGAGUUAGAGAAGAGAUGCUGCGGGAGCAGGCCAAAUUAAGGGAGACUCAAGCAUGAGCGACUCAGAUUGAUCUUCUUGUAUGUUUGUAUUCCGUUGUUUCCUCUGCUUCUGAUUUUGUCUGAGCAUUGCUCUCUUGAACACAAUCACAAUUCUAGAAUAAUUUAACUUGGCAUUCACAGAAUAGCUAAGUGCUGUCUUAUGGCUUACUUUGUAUAAAGCUUUCGAAAAUUACAUGUCGUGUUUUUCAAUGUUUAGUGAAACUUUGAAAUGACGAUUAUCAUUUGUCGAGGCACGGUUAGGAAUGCA